GUACUCAGCAUGUUUGUAUGGUCUGAUUUCACUCCAGGCACGCACUCACCACAGAUAUAUAUACCCACUUGCGUGCCCUCCUUUUCCUUUGCUUCUCUCUUGAAUCUUCUCCAUCUCUCCUCUCCAGAAAGAAGCCAAGCCACCCUUCAUUCAUCUAACCCAUGGCUUCUUUCCAUCCUCCAUGUUUUCACACCACAAUUAUCAUCUCUUGUGUUGUGUUUAUCUUGUUUUUCUCUCCAGCUCUGUCUCUUCAAGAACCAGUGUUGCUCCUCUCCAAUGAAACUCACUUGGAUGCUGAUGAUUCUGAAGUUCGGAAGACUGAGUUGUUCCCGGAAAUUUUGAGAGAUGAGGCAGUUGGGAGACUUAAUGAGCUUGGACAGGUAAGUGAUGCAAAUGGUUAUCUUGAGAGAACUUUCUUGAGCCAUGCUUCUGUUAGGGCUGCAAAACUUAUAUCCAAGUGGAUGGAGGAUGCUGGUUUGACUACGUGGGUGGACUCUAUGGGAAAUGUACAUGGUCGAGUAGGAGGGGCGAACCCAAGUAGCAAGGCGCUUCUGAUCGGUUCCCAUUUGGAUACUGUAAUUGAUGCUGGAAAGUUUGAUGGUUCACUUGGCAUAGUCUCUGCUUUGUCCGCAUUGAAAGUUUUGCACGUUAAUGGUAGACUAAGAAAGCUGAGACAGCCAGUUGAGGUGAUUGCAUUCAGCGAUGAGGAAGGUGUUCGAUUCCAGUCUACAUUUCUAGGAAGUGGAGCUAUUGCUGGUAUACUACCAGUUUCAUCAUUGCACAUACGUGAUAAGAGUGACGUGACAGUUCAAGGGGCUCUAGAAGACAAAUCUAUUGAAAUCAAUGAAGAUGCUCUUUCACAUCUUAAGUAUGAUCCUGAAUCUGUUUCUGCUUAUAUCGAGGUCCACAUUGAACAAGGACCUGUUCUAGAGUCAGUUGGUCUUCCUCUCGGUGUGGUAAAAGGAAUUGCUGGACAGACAAGACUAAAGGUGACUGUGAAAGGUUCCCAAGGACAUGCUGGUACAGUACCCAUGUCAAUGCGCCAGGAUCCUAUGCCUGCUGCAGCAGAAUUGAUUGUGUUGUUGGAAAGUCUUUGUAGAUAUCCAGAGAACUUUAUAUCUCAAAAUGGUCAGUGUGAUGCUUCGGUUGUGGACUCUCUUAAAGGUUCUCUUGUUUGUACUGUUGGAGAGAUAUCAAGCUGGCCGAGUGCAAGUAAUGUCAUUCCGGGACAGGUGACAUUUACAGUAGAUAUACGUGCAAUGGAUGACAUGGGUAGAGCGGCUAUUAUUUAUGAACUGUCAAAUAGGAUGUAUCAAGUUUGUGAUCGUCGUUCAGUUUCUUGUCUUAUUGAACCAAAGCAUGAUGCCAAUGCAGUGAUUUGUGAUACUGGAUUGAGUACCCAGUUGAAAUCCGCAGCUUAUGCUGCUGUAAAGAAAAUGGCCGGUGAAGAUAUAAGUGAUGUACCUGUGUUGAUGAGUGGAGCUGGACACGACGCAAUGGCAAUGUCUCAUCUGACAAAGGUUGGCAUGUUGUUCGUUCGUUGUCGUGGAGGAAUAAGUCACUCCCCCGAAGAGCAUGUACUAGAUGAUGAUGUCUGGGCAGCUGGGCUGGCAAUCUUGUCAUUUCUGGAAACUCAAAUGUAAUGGAUACAUUUGUCAACAUGUAAAUCCUGUAAUGCAUAAUCAUGCAUUAGUGCAUCUUUGUUCUUCAUCUCAGAUUCGAUUAGACAUGAGGAUGCUGAUCACAUUGCCAAUGUUAGCUUGCAAAAUGCAAAAUGGGGGCAAAAUGUAUAUAUUUCCAAUAAACAAUAUUUCUCCCAGUUUUGUACAAUUGUAAAAUAAUAUUAUGUAAUAUAAAAAUUAGGUAGAAUUUGUU